AUUAAGUGAUAAAGGUGCAAAGAGAGAAAAAAAGGAAAUCCACAUUGAAAGUUUAUUGAUUUCUUCCAAAAAUAAAUUUCUAUUCUCUCCAUCAAAAUAUUCUCCUUUUAUCACCUCCGAGUCAUAAUAUCUGUCAUAUUUAUGCGUACAUAAAUAUAGUAAAAGAAAAAUUUCACAGCAGUAAAUAUAAGGGAAAUUUUUACGACUCAAUCAAAGAGCUUAAUUGAGUGUAAAAUCAUCAUUUCUGUUGAUACUAAAGGAGGAGAUUGAAAAGAGUGUGGAAGAAGAUAAAUAAAUUAAAAUCGCUGCAUGUGAUUGAUCUUAAAAAAAUUAUGAGUGCAAAAUAUUAAGCAAGAAAAUCAACACAACAGCUUAAAUUUAAAAAAAUUCAAGGAACAACAUCCGAAAAAAGAAAAAAAAAAUCUUUUGUGCGUAUUUACUCAAAUUAGAAUAUGCCAAAGAAAUGGUGUUCCCUAUUCCUGGGACUUUUUGCUCUAUCGCUGACUCAAGUGACGUCAUCUCCAUCAUCGGGUGAAUUAUUUACCAGUUCAUUCCUUGUGAAAUUCAAACGUAGUGUUGAUAGUCAUGAGGCACAUGAUAUUGCAAAGCGUAAUGGCUUUCACAACAUUGGAGCGCUUCCUGGUAGCUCCAACAAGGAAUUUCAUUUUCGUCAUAGCACAUUGCCACAUGUAAGAUCAAGACGAAGCAUUUCACAUACACGAAUUUUGAAAAAGGAACCAUUGAUUCAUACGGCAGUACAACAGCCAGGCUUUAAGCGAGUAAAACGUGGCUUUCGAACAUUGAAAAGUCCUGCAGCAAUCAGCAAUGAUCCAAUUGUUACACAAAAUAAAGAAAGUACCGGCAAGAUUCCAACAGAUCCAUACUUUCCACUUCAAUGGUAUUUACGCAAUACAGGUCAAAAUGGCGGAAAAGUGAGAUUGGAUUUGAAUGUACAGGCAGCAUGGGAUCAAGGCAUUACUGGAAAAAAUGUAACAACAGCAAUCAUGGAUGAUGGUGUCGAUUAUAUGCAUCCUGAUCUAAGAUUUAAUUAUAACGCUGAAGCAAGUUAUGAUUUUAGCAGCAAUGAUCCGUUUCCAUAUCCACGAUACACUGAUGACUGGUUUAAUAGUCACGGUACAAGAUGCGCAGGGGAAGUAGCAGCAGCCCGUGAUAAUGACAUUUGCGGUGUUGGCGUUGCUUAUGACUCGAAAGUUGCCGGCAUAAGAAUGCUGGAUCAGCCAUAUAUGACCGAUCUAAUAGAAGCUAAUUCAAUGGGUCAUGAACCACACAAAAUUGAUAUCUAUAGUGCAUCUUGGGGACCAACUGAUGAUGGCAAAACAGUCGAUGGUCCACGAAAUGCAACGAUGCGUGCAAUUGUACAAGGCGUUAAUGAAGGUCGUCGUGGCUUAGGAAACAUAUACGUGUGGGCAUCAGGUGAUGGUGGUGAAGAGGAUGAUUGUAAUUGUGAUGGAUAUGCUGCAUCUAUGUGGACAAUAUCAAUUAAUAGUGCAAUUAACGAUGGUCAGAAUGCACACUAUGAUGAAAGCUGUAGUUCAACACUUGCUAGUACAUUCAGCAAUGGAGCAAAAGAUCCAAAUACUGGCGUGGCGACAACGGAUUUAUAUGGAAAAUGCACAACAACACAUUCUGGUACAUCAGCAGCGGCACCCGAAGCUGCUGGGGUUUUUGCUUUGGCACUUGAGGCAAAUCCCUCGUUAUCAUGGCGGGAUAUACAACAUCUGACAGUUCUCACAUCUAAACGUAAUUCCCUUUACGAUGCCAAAAAUCGAUUCCAUUGGACAAUGAAUGGUGUUGGUCUUGAAUUUAAUCACCUUUUCGGAUUUGGUGUGCUAGAUGCUGGCGGCAUGGUAACAUUAUCUAAACAAUGGCGAACAGUACCACCACGUUAUCAUUGUGAAGCUGGCUCAAUUACAAAAAUACAAAAAUUGACAACAACUACAACGAUUAAAUUACAAAUCGAUACAAAUGCAUGCAUAGGAAGUGAUACUGAAGUGAAUUAUCUAGAACAUGUGCAAGCUGUUAUAUCCGUGGUAAAUGUAACAAGACGAGGAGAUCUUGAAAUGUUUUUGACAUCACCAAUGGGAACACGAUCAAUGAUUUUAAGCAAGAGACCGAAUGAUGAUGAUCAUAGAGAUGGCUUUACAAAAUGGCCGUUUAUGACUACACACACAUGGGGUGAAUAUCCACAGGGAAAAUGGACACUUGAAGUGUCAUUCAAUUCGAAUGAGCCACAGGAAGCAUGGCUUAAAGAAUGGUCACUUGUCUUACACGGAACUAAAGAUCCACCAUAUAGGACAUUGUCACCAAAUUCACCACAUUCUAAGCUCGCGAUUGUAAAGAAAGCACACGAGGAUCGUUUAAAAAUGUAAAGUAAAUGAAAAGUUGAAAAUGGACCACGAUUAAUAAAAAAAAAAAACAAUUACAUAAAAAGUAACACAAAAGGGAAGGAGAUAUAGAGGAAAUUUUUAUUUUUUAUUGACACAUUACUUUCGACCAUAAAUAAGACUUUUCUGCUUUUUCUUACAUUCCACAAGAAAAAUGUUGAUUUUCAAGAAAGAGCAGCGUCUGUGCUUGACAGAAAUUUUACAUUUAGAAAUUCUAUUUUGACAUUAAAUUUUCGUAUUUUUUUCAUCAAUGAAUAUUUAAAAAGUUCAGUAAUGGAUAUGGAUUGGAACAAGUUAGAAAAACCAAGAAUCAAAUGAAUUUCAAUUUGAUUUUCCAUUAGACUUAUCAUUUUCAUUUCGAAAGUCACAAAUCAAAGAUUUAUCGUAAAACCAAUGCAGAAGAAAAUGAAGAAAUUUUUCCCAUAAAAUUUAAUCGCAUUAAAGAAGAAUAAAGCAUAAAAACAUGAAUAUGAUAAAAAUAGAGUUGCGUAAAAGAUGAUAAAAAUGAAUUAACUGUUUUCCACACAAAAAAAUAUUAAAUAAGAUCACAAAAAAAAAUUUAACAUCACACAAAAAAAAUUAAAUGUACGUAGAUGCAUAAAAAAUCAUUUUCCUUCAAUGAAAUCUCUCAAAUCUACAAAUCUGGUGUCGUUGAAAGCAAACAAAAAUUAAUCUUUAGAAAUUAAGGAAAAAGUACACAGAAAAGUAUUACAAUGAUGUUUAAAUUUAGGAUAGAAUCCUAUCAAAUGAAAAAAAAAAAUUCCUUACCUAGUAACAAAAAGAUAAAAUUGAAAAAAAUACGGUCGGUUUUAAGGAUUUUGUUUUUCUUUACUUGAAAUGAUUUAUAAAGAUUGUUUUGUAUUUUUUUUUACAGAACAAACAAGAUUUCAUAAAACAAAAUUCAUAAGUGGAUCAAAAAAUUGUUUGUUCAAUUUCUGCGUCAUUAAGCACGUAUCAAAAACAAUUUCCUAUUUGAUUCAUGAAGAAAUAGAGUUUUGAACUUUUAUGUUGAAAUUCAAAGGUCAGGAGGGAAAUAACUUUGUUUGAUAUUUUUAAAGCUCUACAGUCACCAAUCAAACAUGACAUUUAAGU